AUGUGCCAACGACAUUCAUGCUGUGCAAUCUUAGCCCUAAUGUUCGUGGUGGUGGUAGCUCUCCUUCAAUGCGUCGCUGUUGUAACACCUUUCUGGGUGUACGUGUUUGACGGAUCAUAUCCAUGCUACUUUGGAAUGUGGCAGACAUGUUAUGAGGGAUCGACAGAUGGUCAUUAUAUCUGUACGGACGUAUUCCAGGACAGCAGAUAUAGCGAGACGUGGUUCUACCAGGUGCAGGCUUUGGCAGCUUCCGGACUUGUUGCUUCACUGAUAACAAUGACUUUAACUAUCCAUCAGCAUUGUGGUGACCGGAUCGACCGAUGUGUGACUGGUCUUCUCUCUGCGAUGAGUUACAUUACAUGCAUUAUCAUCAUAUUAAGUCUCGUCUUUUUCAUCCGAAACGUGAAUGGGAUCGGCACGGUCUCCGGACAGACAUUUAACUACGUGCCCUAUAUGUCCGCUUCAGUCUAUGCAUCAAGUGGAGCUGUGAUCUUCAGUAUGCUAGCAGGGUCUGUAUUCGUCAUUGUAGCUCAUAACACCAUCAAAGCAUCAGAAUGCGACAACACAGAGGACGGGAUACGACCAAACGAUACAUGGGAGGAAGGAAAUGAUGGACGGAUAUCAGAUAGGCGACCCCGGUCUAAUAAAAUAUACGAUAGUAAAUGCUAUUUUUAA